CUACCUUAGACAAACCCGGUAUCGGUACAAGUACUCUUAAGUACUUUGUCCGUCGUUCUUCCUGAUCAUAGCUCCCUCCCGUCUAUAUCCACAACAUCGCCCCAGAACCAACCGACCGCUCUUUAAAACGUGCUCACACCCCUCGCCUCGACCUUGACCCGAGCAACGUACUCGUGUAGUCUGUAAUAUACCUAGCUGGCCUCUGUUCCACCUCCGCUCAAAAGAUACCCGGCGUUUCUUCUACGACUCUCAGCCCUGCGUGUUUUUCCAUUCUAUCAUUCCUGACGCCGCCAAUCCCUCCGACAAUCGCAUCUUCCCGCGGAAAUCUCUCAUCAAAUCAAGCCUACCACGCCAUCCAUACACAACAUAAUUGGCAACAUUGACUGCCUUACUUUCGAUUUUGAUCAUGACCCGUCUCGUAACCCUCCUUGCCACUGCGGCCCUGGCCUCCACGGCCACCGCCCACUUCGGCCUCCUCCACCCCGAGAGCUCCCUCGGCGGCGCUGAUAACCAGAACCAAAACGACAGUCCCUGCGGCGGCUACAGGCCCUCCGAGGACGACGAGACCGUCGACUUUUACGUCAGCGGCGACGCCGUCGCCAUCAUCGACAUGCACUCCCAGUCCGACUGGAUCCUCCGCGCCACUCUCGAGUCCGAUGCCAGCGGCGACUGGGAACAGCUCUACCCCAUCUACCGCACCACCGGCUCCGGCCGCUCAUGCCUGCCUCAAGUCACGGCCCCCGCGGACUGGGCCGGCCGUCGCGGCGUCGUCGGCGUUGUGGGCUCGGCCACCGACGGGUUGCUGUUUAGCUGCGCCCCCGUCAGAUUCGUCAACGGCAGUGCUCCCGAUCGGGAAGAGUGCCGAAACGGCACCUCGGUCAGCAUCAGGCUCGUCGAAAACGCCCAACUCCUAACUUUUGUGGGCAACGACACCUCCUCGGACGAACCUUCCGGUGACAGCGGCUCCGACGAUUCUGGCUCCGACGACUCGGGCUCAUCCAAUGACGAUGGUGACAGCGGCGCCGCGUCCCUUCAUGGUGCUUUCCAGGGUGGUUUUGCCGUGUCGAUGGCUGCCAUUGUCGGUGGCGCCGUGAUGUUGUUGUAAGAGUUAGUGUUGCUAUGAGGAAUGCUAGAUUUUAAUUAGAGUUCUGGGGAGGCAGAAAGAGUUUGCAAUGAACAACAGAAGCGCUACAUGGCCGUCAUGAAAACUCCCGGCACAUCAUGUGCGUUUGUUGAAUGUGUUGAGAAGAAUCCUGAAGACAGCUAGUGACAUGAAUUGUACCUGGGGUAGGUAUUGUCUGAACGGAUCGCCUCAUGAUAAGGAAGACAGGGAAAUGUAGCAAUGACUAUCUUGUCGUGAAAA